UUCUUCUCUUCCAAGAACCCUCUAAAACCCUAACAAUUGAAAUCGACCUGAGGUGUUUGUAGCAGAAGAUUCAUUGCGAUGCGAAGAUUGAAAAAUUAGGGUUUGAGAUAUCAAAACAUGGCAUUGACGAACUUCAUACUAACUGUGGUAGGCGUGAGCGCAGUGAUUCUACUGAUGAGAAGCGAUGUCAAGCAAAGCGCCACCAUCUUCAGGCGCAACGUUCGUCAAAUUCGCCAUUGGAUCGAAGAAGAGUCCGCCUCUGCCACCAAGGAAAUGAAGAAGACAGAGCCCAAGGAGCUACCUGGAAAAGAUACUCCUAAGGAGGACAAUCAUUAGGUGUGCUACAUGAAGGCUAGUUUAAUAUGUUAGAACUACUGCACAUUCUUCCAUUUUCUUUUGGAUUGGAUGUUUGGUCCUGUAUAAAGUUUUGACUAAUGUCAGUUUAUUUCUGCUCCAAUAUAGUCUCCGUUUUUUUUCUUAUAAAACUUCUUUUGCACUUGCAAUGCUGUUUGUGUAAUGCGCCAAGUACAAAUAUAAU